UGUAGAGAAUUGACAUCACACUUUUAACCAAAGAACAACUUUUACAGUAGUCUUUAAAAUUGUUUUCAGUGUGAAUCUCUCAUGCAGGUAAUGGCAGAUAAGAAACAGCUUUAUGAUGAUGUCAAUGAAGAGGAAAUCAUUGAACAUGGGCAAGUUGAAGAUCCCAAACUAAAGCCCAUCACCCCAACACCUGUUAAAUCUUAUAAAAAAUUGCUUGGAUUUGGGAUGAAGCGCCUGAAAUACAUCACAAUUGUAGCUGGAAAAACCCUGAAUUCUCAUGAAGACUUGAAAAGGCGUCUUCACGAUGAAGUGUCAGGUUUGCGGGAGGUGUCUGAAACGGAGAAGCAUGGUAUGAUUCUGCUUUUCUGUCCUGUUGUUUCACAUGCUGGAACUGACAUUGGAGCAGCGCUGGACAAACUUCAUAAUAUUUCAGGCUCUUUACCUGUUGUUCUAGUGGUGCUCCAUCAAACACGUGAUGCAGACUGCAUUAUACCAGACAGCAGUAGAUCAGUAACCAGAGAGAACACACUCACAGUGGACUGUCAGUUCAAUGAGGAUAAAGGACUGCUGCGGUGCAAGAAGAAUGAUGAUGCAAUACAGAGUAUCGUAACAUGGAUUAAACCACUAAAGGUUUCCCGAAGGAACCUUUGCCGCUGUUUUAUCUGCUGUCUCAGUGCAGAUCCUGCUGAAUAAGUGCCGGAUAGAGUGAAGAUGUUGUUGAAGAGAGUGCAGCUGCAGUAGGAGACCUCAUCCUGCCAGACAGGAAAGGAGCUGUGAAUAUUUCAAGGACAAAUGUAGUCAGUAAAUCAUUAUCAGUACAGAUUGUCAGAGACAUAAACAGACAAAAAAUGCUUCUUGUUUUGCUCAUCUGAAGAAUGUUAAAUUUUGCUUUAUUAAGCAAUGCUAUGGUUAACAUGUAUUUAAUCCUAUUAAAUUCCUCUGUUACAAGUGA